GCUUGCACACACACAACACACACACACGCCCAGAGGCUCAUUCUCUCGGAGAAGACGGAAGUGAGGAAGCCUCGCAUGACACACACAUACACACACACACACACAGAGAGAGAGAGACGCCCCAACCAAGCCACACACCUUCUGGGUUUCGCUCCAGGCGGCCGGCCGGCCGGGGGCUCCCGCAUUCCGCCUCUUGGCUGCUGCUGGCUUUCCGACGCUGCGAGCGGGACUCCGUCGCCCCGACUUCGGAAGAUGGGGAACAUGGCUUGCGUCCCCCAAACGCCCGGCCGCUUCCGAUAUUCCUUUUCUCGGAAAAACUCCUUCAAAAAAGAACAAGAGAGCAAGAAAAAACUGGCUGAGCUCUUUGGAUUUGAAGCGGAGCAUGAGAGAGAUGUGACUUCAGACAAAAUACUGCAAUAUAUUCCUGCAAAGAGCUUUGCCAGCCAGGAGAAUGAAAAGGAAAACCUUGACCAGCGAUUCCCCAGCCUAUUCAAGAAAGGACGGAGGAGGACGGUGGUACGGAACCUGGGAAAAAUAAUCCACUAUUCCAAACUCAAAUUUAAGUUUCAGCACUGCCAGGAAGCCAAUGACUGCUAUUUGGAGCUUUUUCAAGAGUUCCUCUAUUUUCAGUCGCUCGGCCCCAACGGACACAAGUAUCAGGGUUUGCUACCCUUGAUAGAACUUCAGCUGACCAAACUUGAAAAUGAAAACGGAAUUCAGGAAGAUCUCCACGCUUUUCAAAUUACAGGCCCCCUGCUCUCCCCACUGACCAUCUACUGCCCCAGCCAAGCAGAACUGAAGCACUGGCUCUACCACCUGGAGAAGCAGAUCAAUUUGAGUGGAGGACGCCCGGAUUUGCCCCCGGAGACUCAGAGGGCCUGGACGCAGGGCCCGCUGGGCAAGGAGCAGCUGCGGUGGUCGAUGCAAAACGCCCACGUGCAAGAAUGGAAGGGCACCCAGCGCAAGUCCCUGGGCGACAUCCUCUGCGUCUCCAAAGUCAAGUUGCAGCAUUUACCUUUCCAGGAACAACAUCAUCGCCUGUUGGUGCUCUAUCCUUCUACCCUGGUUAUUGUCUCUGAGGAACGGAAUGGCCUCUACUUCAAGGGUGAAUUGCCUUUGAAUGCCAUCCAAGUACAAUUUGAGGAAAACCAGAAAACCGCUUUUUUAAUAGAAGGCCGGCUAAUCAACUCCAUCCGGGUGAUUUGCUCCAGCUACAAAGAUUACCAAGAGUGGUUAUAUUGUCUUAAAACCGCCCAGUUCCGCCAUGCUGAUUCCUCCCUCUCGGGAUCGGAGAGUUUCUCCGGGUUGAAGCCUUCUCACCUGGGGCAGUUUUCAGGAAGCGGAAGAGGGUCACUCACCUCGGAGGGCAGAACGAAUUCCUGGGCUUCUGCCGGGAAGGGGGCUACGACGUCCACCCACCACUCCCAAACCAGUACAGCUUCUUUCUCCGAGAGACAAUCGGUCGAUGCGGUGCCCGAGAAUCGGUUAGCUGAAAACUCUCUGCCGCAACCGGUUUGCUGCUCAGGAAAACGAGAGACCGGACUGCCGAAGGCCGAGCUGAAAAGGAAGGGGAGUUCUCGAAAGUCCAAAGGGAAGGGCGUCCCGCCACCUCAGCAGCCCCAGUGCCACUGGGAGGACCCCGAAAAGAAAAGCUCCAUCCCGCUCACCUCGAAGCAACCCCGUGGAGAAGGCGUCUCCCCUGUGUACAAUGAGCCGUACUCGGCUCAGGCCCAACAGGAGCAUCCUGCUGUCCGCCCGUUGCACCUGGACUUAAACAAUCUGAAGCAGUGGCACGUGCCAAGGAGUCAGACCUGCCCAGUUCCCCAAACUCUGGAAAAUAUCUCUCUGUCGUCUUCCCCCAUGUAUGCUGACCCCUACACGCCCAGUUCCCCCACCUCGCACGGGGCUGCAGGCUCCUACUUCCUAGAUGAGCUCGGGAGGUGUCACGGGCCAUCCACUGUGGAGCACCAGAAUGGCUACCCAGCCAUGCCAGUGUCCGUUCCCAUCUGCCAUCAUCCUCUGGGGUGGAAGAGCUUUCAACCGUCCUGUGGAAACCACUGGCGAGAACCCAGCCUUGCCCAGAGAGUCAAUGCCUCCGCUCCAGCCUUUCAUUUUGCCACAGAACCUGCACCAGAUGCCCAUUAUUUGACCACGAGUACCACAUCAGGAGAUGGCCUUCGGAUGCGUUCCUUGCCGACUUCAGAUGAAAACCUUCAGGCCUACAACCUGCCUGAAAGAGGAGGGGACCCGCUCGACCCGACGUAUCACGACUACGCGGAGCUGCAAAGCUUCCACGAGGACUACAGUUACGACAACAUCUGGGAUACAGAGGCGAAGCAGCCGCCCUCCUCCGACCACGAGAUCUACGAUUGCUGAGGGAGGCGUCCAUCCGCCGAAGCGGGAAGAACGGAGGAAGAACUCGGCUCUGGUUUUAUAAUGCAAAGAUUGAUCCAGGUGGAUUUUUCUGGAGGUCUGGAUUCUUCUGGCUACUUUUGGGUUCCUUUGUCUUGUUCCUCUACUUUGGUGCUUGUGGUGCUAUGAAAAACUUCUGAGAAAAGGAUCCGGAAUUCUCUCCACCCGCUAAUCCCGUUGUGUAUCGACACGAAGAGACGGACCCUGAUUCUGCGGUUGUUAUGAAGAAAGCUGCACUGUCUGUGGGGGAGGGGUCAGGACCCAGUCUGGAUUUUUGGGUGCCGUCAAUAGAUCUUGCAAUUCAACCCCAAACAGCACAAAAAAAAAAAAACCCCAACAACCCCCAAUCUGCUAACGGUUACAUCCAGUGGUGGGUUCCUCCCGGUUCGGCCAAGCCGGUAGCGGUGACAAUAUGACAUCACCGAACUGGUUCUCCCUCCCGCCCACCCCCCCACAUUAUUCUUACCUUUUAUUUGGUCCCACCCCCAAUCUAUUGCUGCCUCCUGAGUCCCAGCUGAGGACUAGAGGGAAAAAAACUGUUUAAACUCUUGCCGUGGGGCUUCAAAGGGCCGCCCUACAGCUGAUCAGUGUUAAAAGCAAACAAAUGAGUCGGGUCAUAAGUGCGAGGACUGGUCGUAAGUGCGAGGACUGGUCGUAAGUGUGAGGACCUUCCAGAAAUUACUGAUCAGCUAGCCACGCCCACCUAGUCACAUGACCUCCAAGCCACACCCAUAAAAUAAGCCAUGCCCACAGAACUGGUAGUAAAAAAAAUUUAGAACCCACCCCUGGUUACAUCAAAGGACAAAUGCAAAGUGUGGUUUUUUUAAAAGCCGCCAUUCAAUCGGUUUGAAGACCUGGGCUAUAAAUAAUGAAUCUGCAGGAUUAGGAAUUUUGAGGUGGCUUGUAGCAACAAUAACACACACACACACAUACACACACAGAGCAAACAAGUAUAAGACGUCCUUCCCCGGUUAUGAAGGUUUGCAAAGAGACGGCGUUGCUGGCAAUUCUGACUCGGGAUAAAAUGAGGAUAUCCUUAGUCUAUUAUAUAGUAAACGGCCUCGAUCAAUACAGGGUGUGGUUGUGCGCACACAAACCCUGUGCGUGCAGUUUUUACACCCUGCACACUUUUUCAAGAAAAUGUAUUUUCCCAGCCCAUCCUCUGCCUUUUGGUCUAUGUCAGGGGUCAGCAACCUGCGGCUCUGGAGCUGGAUGUGGCUCUUUCAUCCCUCUGCUGCGGCUCCUUGUCGCCAGUCGGCUCCACACUUGAUAAGGCUUUCGGUUAGGACAGGUAGAGGAAAAAGGAUGCCGUGCUAGGAGGAGACUCUAUGGUGGGGGAACCAGACUUCCGGUUGGCUGCAGAAUUGUCGGGGGGGGCUCCCAGUUAGGACUUUUGUGGCUCUUUGACUGUUUAAGGUUGCCGACCCCUGUUCUAUGUCAUAAUGAAGGAAAGUUUUGCACUCCUUCCGAUGGAGAAAUAUUUUGCUUUGUGAAAGCUGGCCGAGGCUACUUCCUGUGUGCAACACAACAACUGAUGUUCCCAGGGCCUAACACACUUAACACCGCCUUGCUUGCUCUUAGGGACAAGUUGCGUUCUCCUUGGCGGAUGGUUGUCCUUCUUUUGAAACAGGCUGCUUUGUUGGUUACCAUUUAAAUAAUAAUAAUAAUAAUUAAUAGCGCUGCUUGCAAACUACUUGGAGAAGCCGCAAAAGGCUUGCUGUUGGAAGAGAAGAUUGUAAGAAGAACAAGAGGAGAGAGAGGUGAAGAACUGAUUGCUGGUUUCAAGAAUCGGGAGUGUUGCAAAAAAGAAGAUUCUCUAGGACACACGUUACGUUGUGUGCAUUGCGUUGUGUUUGUUGUUAUUUAUUAUUCUUUGCUUUUAUAGCCCGUUGUUCCUUGAAGAAACCAAUUUGAUGGCAUCUGCCAUCUUCCUUCCUUCUUUCCUUCUUUCCUUCCUUCCUACCUUCUUUCCUUUCUUCCUUCCUUCCCCAUCUUUCUCGUCCUCCCUUCUUUCCUUCCUUCCCCAUCUUUCUCUUCGUUUGUUCGUUCCUUCCUUAUCUUUCUCUUCUUUCCUUCCUUCCUUCCUCAUCUUUCCUUUCCUUCCUUCCUCUUUCUCUUCCUUCUUUCCUUCCUUCCCCAUCUUUCUCUUCGUUCGUUCCUUCCUUAUUUUUCUCUUCCUUCCUUCCUCAUCUUUCCUUCCUUCUUUCCUUCAUCUUUCUCUUCCUUCCUCCUUUCCUCCCUCCCUUCCUUCUAUCUUUUUUCCUUCCUUCUUUCCUUCUCCAUCUUUUCCUUCCUUCCUCUCUCCCUCGAUCUUUCCUUCUUUCUUUGUUUCUUCUUCUCUUCUUCUCUUCUUUUCUUUUCUUCUCUUCCUUUCUUUCUUUCUUUUUCUCUUUCUCUUCUUCUCUUUCUUUCUUUCUUUCUUUCUUUUUUCCUUCCUUCCUUCUCUCUUCUGAAUAAUCUCAUCAGGCAAUGGGAUGGCAGCAGACACAAUUUUAGUUCACACUUUUGGUUGUUGCUAUCGGCCGGGGAUAACCCACCGUCUACUUUUGUUACUUGAAUUUUAAAAUAUUAAAAAUAUAUACUGUUCAACCGCCAACCUUUACUGAAGUUUACAGGAGGGUCUUUUUGGCUUAUUCUAUUUAAUAAGCAAUUAAAUGUGUUGGCAAGGGGAGGGGAAAUUUUUCUAAAGAAAGUAUUUAAUUUAGUAAAUAACCCCGGCUGUUUGACAUCAGCUGCUUCUUGAUGGCUGUUGAAGUAAAGCGGGGGGGGGGGGGGGGGGUUGGUUAUGGCUGUAAUUUCAAUUCCAGGUGUUUCUUUUUGUUGUUGUUGUUGUACUUUUGAGGUGUGUGUUUGUGUCUGCGUCGAUGUGUCGUUGGCCUUUAACGUGAGCGCAAACCGUCAAGUGAAAUUGGAUCUCAAAUCGCGCGGCUCAGGUUGCGAUUGUGUGUUGCAGCCAUGCCAGACGAUACUUGGUGCAGAUUUUGUGUGCAUGGGAGUGUGGGUCGGUGUGUAAGGCGGUGGGGGGGGGAAGGGAGUUGUACAGCACUGACACUGUUCCUUUGGUGAUUUCUUUGAAGACCCCCCCUAAUAAAGUUAAUAUAAUUA